AGUCAGCCGGGGGCUCCUUUGACUGAAUGAGAUCGUUCCACGUGCUUUGAGGACGCUCGUGUCGCCGCCAUCGCCGCCUUCGAGCCGCGUCUUGUCGUGGCACCUCAUGGCAAGCCUCCUUAAGCACGCCGCCGUUCUAAGGGCGCAUCUCCCGCCCAACAGGAUCGGCAGGAGGCGGAUCCCGGGUUCAAAGCAGCUCUCUCUCUAUCUCUCUCUUUUUCCUUCCGUUGCAUCACCCGCCGAUGACGGACGGAUUCUGCAGGCCCGGGAGCCCAAAUAACACAACUUUGACAGCACAACAUGUUUCAACACCUGCAUGUCUGAACGCCAGAAAAAUCUCUGUCGGUGCGCAUGCGUUGACCGGUCUCUCACCGACGGCUUCCCGAAAGGGGUGGCGCUGUGAGACUACCGAAGAAACUUUUUUGUUUUCCUUCUCCGGCUUCCCAACAAAAAUUUCUUCUUCACUCUUUCUUCACCGCUUGAUUGUUGACCGAAUUUAUUAUUCUUCUGAACGAGACUACAGCCAACCGUCCAAACCCGUCUUGCGGCGCAGGUACGGGAUUUCCGAUUUGCAUUGUUUCUCCAAGACAAGUGUCUGGCUAGAGUGUUGGUCAGAGUUUUCCUCUUUCUCUCUCUAUUCACGGAAGCCCGUAGAAUUUUCAAGCCUUACUACAUUGCUUGAACUCUACGGAUUAGUCUCUGCUGUAAAUGCCGAGUUAGCUAUAGUACAUUAUCUAGUCGACUUUUCGAGAGAAAGGGACCCCCAAACACGCCCGGCUCUCUUCAUCCAGGGGUCUCAAGCGGGCGUGGGGGGAAGGGAUAUUGAUUCGGGCCGGCAGCCUUGCCCAACCGUCCAUGGCCCGGGACUCGUCGGAACUUUUCGUCGUCGACGGGUCACCUUCUUGUUCGGGCCGGCCCGUAGAGGGUCUGGGGCAUUUGGGUAGGUUUUUGAUAAGCCCUGCUACGGUGGUGCCCGUUCCAGAGCUUCCGAAUACAUUAUAUGUCGGAUUCACGAGGAAACGUAAGUGUUGUGGA